AUGGUUAUAUGUUCUACAGGGGUCUCUAAGCCUGUGAAGAUGAAGUUCGACAACAUCCUGGAAGAAGUCAAUGGUUUUGGGCCUUUCCAAAUCGUCAUCCUCAUCCUGCUGUGGACCCCUCGAAUAGUUCUACCCUGUCACUUCUUAUUGAACAUCUUUAUCGCAGCAGUGCCUCCUCACCACUGUGACAUCAGCACCUUGGAUGACCAUGGACUUUUGGAAAAUUUAACACGGGAGCAGAGACUGACAAUCAGCAUUCCUGAAAAAGAAGAUGGGGGGCCAAAAUCCUGUGAGAUGUUUGCAGAACCCCAGUUUCAGCUCUUAGACAAUAACUCUGACAGUGCUUACUUGCCAACAGUUUAUUGUCAAAAUGGAUGGGUUUAUGACAACUCUACCUUCACCUCCACCCUUGCAACAGAGGUAGUGCCUCUAAUAUUUUAUCAGCAGUAAUGUUCAUCACUUAUGCAACCUUUCUUUUACGAGAAAGAGAUAAAGAUUUUAAAACAGUUAUCUGUGAUGAUAGUAAAACGGAUUGUUCUUAUGCUGGUAAAUCAUUACGUUUCACGUUUAUUUAAUUUGAGCUCAAAAGAAAGUUUGUUGUCUUCUAAUUUUGAGAAAAUACUUUUUCAUAAUAUAUAAAAAAGUGUUACUUACAAAACUCAAUUAUUAAUGUCAAAAUGUUGCUCGAAUUCACCUUAUAUGCUGAUGAUUAAAUAUAACUCAGUCAUCAAAAAGAUAACAAUUUGCUGCUGCUUAUGUCCAGAGGAAUGUUAAUAAAUCGAGACCCAAACUAAGCGCCAAUAACACCAAGAUGCAGUUUUAAAGAUGGCUGUGAAUUUUUACCUUUGAAUUAUGUCUCUUUAUAUACAUCAAGAUUUUUGAACCCGGCUGUAAAUGUGUUUUUCUCUGCUCUAGAAGUGAGCUUCUUUGGCUUAGUGUGAACAUGGUUUUUGGUGCCUCUGUGAGUUCUGCAUUGGCUUCAUUUCUCAAGACAGGAGGUAGCUGCUUGGUCCCUCCUCGGUGUUCUGUGAUCAUAAAACAGUUGCAUAACAGAUCCCACACUAAACUACCAGAUAUAAAGGUGGACUUGUUUAUUAGAAACUCUGGACAGGAGGUGGUGUGGAAUUUACAAACUUGGAAAAGCUUUUCAAAACCCUGAUACCCAUGUUACAACUACAUUUUCAGUCCCUAACACUUAAUUCCCUGCGUUCUGUUAAAUAUUCAUUCAGCAAAUGGUGAAGGCAUUUCACAAUGUUUUAUGCACUGCAGAGGCAUCCAAACAGCACUUUUGCUGCUUUUUCAGAUAUGAGGGCACCACUGAGCCCAUAAAUACAAGAGAUAAAUGCAUACAUAAAUUUCUCUUUGAGGAAAGUCUGUCUUUUAAUCGAUAUAUAGAGUUUAACUUAUUGUUUUCAUUAAAAGUGAUAGUUUUCUUUUGUUUUUUGAUGAUUUUCUGCACACAUAACCUGUUAUGUGUCUGUGGAAAAUUUAUUUGUCUUUUUUGGGUAACUGUAGGAUGUAACAUUAAUGCAUUUGUCUUUACAACGCCAUAAUACAUGAACUCAUUCAUGUCGUCUCAUGACUUCAAAACUUAAAACGGCUUUGACUCUUCAUGGGUAAUGUAAUUUUGCAUCUAUGAUUUGACAAGGUGGUCAGAGAAGGCUUUUCCUGCUCAGUGCAGCCAUGUUUUUACCCUGUUUAUUAAACUAAGCUAAUUAAGACCAUUCUACAUGAAGGAAACUGGCACCUGAAUAGAUAAUCUAAUUACCCUUUCUCCAUGAUCUGCUUUUCUAGUGGGACCUGGUCUGUGACAGAAAAAGCUUGACAAAAACCAUGGGCACCAUUUUCUUCUUUGGUGUGAUGAUGGGUGCCAUAGCUUUUGGAUACCUGUGUGAUAAGUAAGUUUAUGAGAGAAAACUAAGAAGUUUAGUAUACAUUUUUUUAAAUUUAAAUUUGAUGUAAAAAGUAUUUUGCAUUUUCUUAUACAUUAAGUGUCAUGUUUAAGAGUAAUCUCAUCAGUCAGGAAAAAAAAGAUAAGCAUCGUUGUUGUUCCAGUUGCAGAAAAUCAGCUGAUAUCUGUGAUUGAAAUGUAAAGACUUUGAAUUCUGUUAUUUUUUGUGUGAACUUUUCUGCUUUUGACUGAAAAUUUAAAAUCAAAAAAGAUUCUUCUGAAAAUGAUAUCCCAAAUUUAAAUCUACAUUUUCUUCCUUUGCUUGAAUGUAUCCCUUUCUCUUCUCACCAGGUAUGGGAGGAAAAACACCCUUCUGGCCUCAUACCUCAUGGCAAUCGUGUUUGGCUUCUCCAGUGCAUUUGUAAACUCCUACAUUCUGUUUGCAGUGCUGAGAUUUCUGACUGGAUUUGGACUGACAGGAAUCAGCAUCAACUCAGCAGUUCUCAGUAAGCGACUUAGAUGCUUCACAUUAUGACAGAAGAGGGCAAGGCUAGACUUGAUAAGAACGAUGCACACGAUUGUACAUUGCGAGAAAAGCAUGUAUCGAUUUUUUAAAAGAUAUUUCUGCAGACUCCAGAUGGAAAGAAACUUAAUCAUUGUAGUUCAAAUGAUUGGGAAGCUUUAUAAAGUAUAAAAACUUGUCUAACUCAUUUUUACCUUCCCCUGUUUUACAGCCAUUGAGUGGGUGGACACAGGUCACAGGUCAUUAAUCGGUGUUAUGGGCAGUCUGGCCUGGUCUGUAGGAAACAUGCUGCUGGCUGGAUUUGCCUUCCUGGUGACUGACUGGCGUUCAUUAAUCAUGACUGUAACAGCCCCUCUAGGGUUUGCAGUUUUGACCUGGUGGUAGGUAAAGAAUAAAAAACACUCAGUGUUGCUUUAUUGCUGUGGGCCAUCUGUGCAUGCAGUGAAGCUUUGUAGGAACCAAUUAUACAUACAUGUGUUUCUUUGGUGGUCUAUUUGUAUAUAUAAACAUAUAUCAUUAGUAGUUAAUGUUAUGCUUUGCUUUGUAUGAGCAAAAUGAUAUUAAUAUUAAUAUUUUAAUAUGGUGUAUGGGUUUGAUUUGCAUUUGUUUUGCAUUUGUUUAUUUAAACCUUUUGCAAAGCAAAUCUUGGUAACACUUGGCGCUUAUCUCUUUAACGUGUUAUAAAUAUAUGUGUUAUGCUCAUUAUUAUAAACCCUUAUGAUAAUUAAUGAGUGUUUAUAAUGAUAGUUAAACAAGUUUUUAAGCAAAUUAUAACACAUCAUAAAUAAAUGUAUGAUGCAUUAUGUAUGUGGGCAUUGUCAGUGAGUUGUUAACUGUUGUAACACAUUAUAAUAUCUGACCUUGUAAGUCAUGAUAAAAUGCUUUAUAAUGUGAUUAUUGCUAUAAAGCAUUAUGAUCAUUUAUGAGUGUUUAUUACUAUAGUUAUACGGUGCUAUAACAUGAUUAUGAUGCAUUGUGUAUAUAUAUAUAUUUAUAUAUAUAUAUAUAUAUAUAUAUAUAUAUAUAUAUAUAUAUAUAUAUAUUUAUAAUGUAUUAUAGAGAUAGGUAUGAAGUAAAGUGUUACCCAAAUCUCUUACUGUACUUUUUAUGUAUAGGGCAGACUGUCAUUAAAUUGAUUUUGGCUUUUCUGCCUGAUAAUGUUUCUGAAUCUCUUAUGCGUUGAGAAGUAAACAAAAAAAGUAACAUCAGAGCAAAAGUUGUACCACAGAUUUUGAUUGUGCAGUUACACAGACUUCAAUUUGUUCUCAUGCUUUAAACAGGGGCAGCACGACAGCAACGUGAACUCAAAGUGAAAAGCCAAGAAAUAUAAGGAAAAGCUUUAAUGUCCUGACUCAUGUGUCCACUAAUGGCCAAUUAUUUAAAUUUAAUUACAGGUGGAUCCCUGAGUCUGCCCGCUGGCUGCUUGCCAAUGGUAAAGUGGAGCGUGCACAGUUUUACCUUGACAAAUGUGCCACAUUCAACAAAAGACCCAAACUGUCAUCCAAAAUAAAACUGGAGGUAAAUUUGAGUUUGAUGGUGAACCAGUUGGGCUUAAGGGUUUUGGGGAAAUAAACACCACUGCCCAUGUCAAUAUUGACAUGGCUGUACAAUGAGAGAUUUAUGAACUGCUGUAACUUAGAGUGUUAGAUCUUAGAGUGAUCACAAUAUAAAUGAUAGUGGUUGACUACUUGGUUAUCUCAUAUGAACUAAGAAAUAAUUAAUGUUAGGGAAUGGAACCAGGAAAAAAGAAAUCAAACAACACUUUUGGUUUUUAUUUUCCACCCCUAUACAGACUCUCUCUAGUGUGGAAACCCAAGAAAAUCAGGACAAGAGUUAUACUUAUUUUGACCUUUUCAAGACUCCAAAGAUGAGAGUGCUCUCCUUGAAAACAGGGAUUGUUUGGUGGGUAUAAUUAUUAUGAGAGAGAGACAAUUAAAAAAACUGUCGAUUUGAGCUAUUAACUCAGAUAUAGAUACAAGUAUGGGACAAAUAUAUGGCAAUACUUGACACAUUGUGCAUUGUAAUCUGCAGGUUUGGAGUUGCCUUGACAUACUAUGGAAUCAGCCUGAACAUCAGUGGAUUUGGUUUAAACAUGUACCUUACACAUUUCAUCUAUGCUGCUAUCGAAGUCCCAGCCAAGCUGAUGAUCUAUUGCUUUCUUAACAUCAUUGGGAGAAGGAAAUGCCAAGCUGGAACGCUGUUACUGACAGGAAUCUGCAUCGCCAUCAACAUCUUUCUGCCGCAAAGUAAGAAAGCUCAUCAAGAUUUUUUAAUAGUUGUGUCCUUCACCUAUACAGUUGACUUUCUUAGUUAGUUAGUGUAUGAUACUACGAUAGGAAGGGAUUCAGUUUUUCCUCACUUGUAAAAUUAAUAUUUUGCUCACUUCUUCUACGCACAUUGCUUUUGCUGUUCUCUGCAGGUCUGUGGCAUCUGCGUUCAGUUGUUGCCAUCCUGGGUAAAGGCCUGUCGGAAGCUUCCUUCACAACUGUCUUUCUGUACACAACGGAGCUUUACCCCACAGUUAUCAGGUCAGUAAAUCACGCCUCUGAAAUGUCCAUGUUUACCUUGAACCAACACAGCUGUUGUAUGCUAAGCUCCAGAUGCUCAUCAUUUUAUUUUUUUCUGUUAAGGUUUUAGUUUUGCUGCUUAAAAAAAAACACAUGAUUGUGUUGUGUGCCAUUACUGAAAUAAAACUUAAGUCAAAAUAAUGCACAGUGUGACAGGGUCUCUGCAGGUUCCAACAGGUCAAAUGUAAGACUUCUUAAGACCCUAAUGAAUAAAAUUUAAGACCCAUUUAACAUCCAUAUUGGCAAGAAAGAACAAAAGACAUGAAGGGAAAUUGGGACAUUUUACAUUACUUCAAAUCAAUCUUUAUUCUUAUGGUGCAUUAUUAAUUUGUAUUAAGCAGAUUUAAUCCUUUUUUAUACCUUUCAAAAUCAUAUUUAAGAUAUUUUAUGAGAUCUGAAACUUUGAUGUAGAAACAGUUUUUCUUUACAAGCUCCUCUGGGAUAUGAACCAGAAUUCUGAUUGCCAUGUAGAAUCGAUUUUUACCAUCAUGCUAAGGUGCCACAUUGGUAUACUUAUUUCUUCAGAUAUAUCUCUUGUUGAUUCAAAAGUAUUGCAGACCCUAGUAGUAUGAUUCAGGCUGUACUGGCUUCAUAUGAGUCAGACAUUGCAGGGAUUUGAAUCCUGGACCAUGAAUUUUUAGACAUCAAGGUGCUAAGAAUUGACUCAUCUGCCCUCUGGUGAUUCAGAUGUCCAGGACUUUUGAACAGUAUGUGGAAUAUACCCUUCAAAUAAUAAAUUCACAGUGUACUUUUUGUCCGUACCAUCUGCUAUCACCCGCACAGUAAUGUACUGCUAUGCAGUGCUCACGUGUUCAUUUUUUAAAUUUAAUUUCCUGGACAAUAUAGAAGGCUGCUUGUUUUAUUUUUGUUUUCUGUCUUUUUUUGUUUACUUUUAAAAGUCAUUACUGAAAGAGAAAAAGAAAACUCAAACAGAAAAGCAGUUUUUAAUCUCAGGGUUAUUGAGGGCCCCCUUUCUCUAUUGAGGCCCUGGACGGUCACUUCCACUUUUCCCACUACUAUGACACCAGUGCUGACCAUCUGCAAACCAACGAAUGUCUGCUCGUGAAAACAUUUUUUGUGUAUUUUUUUGUGUGUAUUUUUUAAUGUUUACUUACUGCACAGUGUCCAAUCAUGAACACUUGAACACAAAGAAUAGACUGUGCAAGGACUGUAGAUCAAUAAGCUUUAUGUAAAAAAAAACAAAAACACUUAAGUUUCAAAGUUAAAAUGUGAACCUAUGUUGUUAUGGUUCUUAUUUCAUAUCUGCAUUUUACUUUAUCGUGGCCGUGUUAUUAUGACCUAUCUUAUAUUUUAUCACCAAGACUAUUGAUUACUGUUUUUAACAUGUUGUGGUGAAAGAGCGGAGAUAAAACAUUUUAUCUUUCCUGAUUCUGUAUAAGGGAGAAAAUAAACAAUUCAAAUCUAACUUUCCCUCACACAUGACUUUCUUAAUAAUUUAAGUCUGUGUAACCAAAAGGGAUCCUUAUUGACUUUUAUUGGCACUGUUCAGAUUUUGCUCAUACAAGAAUAAAAACCAUUUGUCACCACCACCCAAUAAAGUGUUCAGAAGUUUAGGUUAUUUUAGAUUACUUCAUUAUUACGGCGGUGACUAAAAAAAGUCCUGGACACAUUCUACCUGCAGAGUGAGGUUUUAGAGAUGUUGAUAUGAUGUUCAAAGAGAACUGAUGGUUUACUGUCUUGUCUUUCCAGACAAAAUGGUAUGGGCUACACCAGCUUCAUCAGUCGGUUGGGAGUGUCAAUAGCUCCCCUCAUCCUGCUGCUGGAGGACGUGUGGAUCCUUCUUCCUCAGAUCAUCAUCUGCUCCAUAGCCAUCACCUCUGGCCUGGUAGCUCUGCUGCUCAAAGAGACGACGAAUGCUCGGCUACCAGAGACCAUAGAGGACAUUGAAAAACCAAGGUUGGUCAAUGAAUGAGUCAAAGCUGUCAUGUUAGAAGGCAAAACCAUAACUUUUGCAAUGGCGCCAUCUUGUGGUAGUUUGAAGAAUGAAAUUUACUCAGAGAAAGAAAAGAAAUUCAGAGGGGGACCACUAAAACCACAGUUAUUGUUGUAGUUUUGUUUGAUGUUUAGAGUUUGAACAAAAUUUCUUCUGAAUUCAGUGAUGAAUAAAACAUGUGACAUGGUGACAUAUUAACUCAAUAGCUGAAGACCAAAAGUACAUAAAAUACCUAUGAUGCAUAGAUUUUUACGUUUUUGAUUGCAUUAUCUUGUAGUUUGUGACAUUUACAACAAUAUAUUUUUGUUCUUUUUCAGAAAAAAAGAGGCCUCUCCCCACACAGUGGAGGCCUCAGGUGUUGUUUUGGAGUCAAAAAAUACAACAACGGAAACUGAGGAGCCAAAAGCAAAGUGA